ACCUUGGCAAACCAUUUCGACUACAGACUUCAAAGGUCCCGCGAGACGGCGACAAGUCCACCCUCCAUCCCUUCCCCACCUCCAUCUCUAGGCUCUAGCGACUCCGAUCCGCGCACAAGGCAACAAGCAAAUCCCCAUCCAAUUCCAAGCCCCAACUCAAAUGCUCGCUCGGACUGCCACGGUCUCCUCCACUUCGUCCCACUCCCAUCCUUAUCGCCCCACCUCCGCUCGCAGUCUCCGCCUACGUCCGGUCCUCGCGAUGGCGGGCUCCGACGACUCCCGCGCAGCUCCCGCCAGGUCGGUCGCCGUCGUCGGCGCCGGGGUCAGCGGGCUCGUGGCGGCGUACAGGCUCAGGAAGAGCGGCGUGAAUGUGACGGUGUUCGAGGCGGCCGACAGGGCGGGAGGAAAGAUACGGACCAAUUCCGAGGGCGGGUUUCUCUGGGAUGAAGGAGCGAACACCAUGACAGAAGGUGAAUUGGAGGCCAGUAGACUGAUAGAUGAUCUCGGUCUACAAGACAAACAGCAGUAUCCUAACUCCCAACACAAGCGUUACAUUGUCAAAGAUGGAGCACCAGCACUGAUUCCUUCGGAUCCCAUUUCGCUGAUGAAAAGCAGUGUUCUUUCUACAAAAUCAAAGAUUGCGUUAUUUUUUGAACCAUUUCUCUACAAGAAAGCUAACACAAGAAACCCUGGAAAAGUAUCUGAUGAGCAUUUGAGUGAGAGUGUUGGGAGCUUCUUUGAACGCCACUUCGGAAGAGAAGUUGUUGACUAUCUUAUUGAUCCAUUUGUAGCUGGAACAAGUGCAGGAGAUCCAGAGUCACUAUCUAUUUGUCAUGCAUUCCCAGCACUGUGGAAUUUGGAAAGAAAAUAUGGUUCAGUUGUUGUUGGUGCCAUCUUGUCUAAGCUAACAGCUAAAGGUGAUCCAGUAAAGACAAGACGUGAUUCAUCAGCGAAAAGAAGGAAUAGACGCGUGUCGUUUUCAUUUCAUGGUGGAAUGCAGUCACUAAUAAAUGCACUUCACAAUGAAGUUGGAGAUGAUAAUGUGAAGCUUGGUACAGAAGUGUUGUCAUUGGCGUGUACAUUAGAUGGAGCCCCUGCACCAGGCGGGUGGUCAAUUUCUGAUGAUUCGAAGGAUGCUAGUGGCAAGGACCUUGCUAAAAACCAAACCUUUGAUGCUGUUAUAAUGACAGCUCCAUUGUCAAAUGUCCAGAGGAUGAAGUUCACAAAAGGUGGAGCUCCUUUUGUUCUAGACUUUCUUCCUAAGGUGGAUUAUCUACCACUAUCUCUCAUGGUGACUGCUUUUAAGAAGGAAGAUGUCAAGAAACCUCUGGAAGGAUUUGGCGUCUUAAUACCCUACAAGGAACAGCAAAAACAUGGUCUAAAAACCCUUGGGACUCUCUUCUCCUCAAUGAUGUUCCCAGAUCGAGCUCCUGACGACCAAUAUUUAUAUACAACAUUUGUUGGGGGUAGCCACAAUAGAGAUCUUGCUGGAGCUCCAACGUCUAUUCUGAAACAACUUGUGACCUCUGACCUUAAAAAACUCUUAGGCGUACAGGGGCAACCAACUUUUGUCAAGCAUAUAUACUGGGGAAAUGCUUUUCCUUUGUAUGGUCAUGAUUACAAUUCUGUAUUGGAAGCUAUAGAAAAGAUGGAGAAAAAUCUUCCAGGGUUCUUCUACGCAGGAAAUAACAAGGAUGGGCUUGCUGUUGGGAGUGUUAUAGCUUCAGGAAGCAAGGCUGCUGACCUUGCAAUCUCGUAUCUUGAAUCUCACACCAAGCAUAAUAAUUUACAUUGAAAGCAUCUGACCUAUCCUCUAGCAGUUGCCGGCAAAUUUCCUCAGUUCAUGUACAACAGAAACUGUUUUGUUGCAGUCUCAGAACAUCUUCGCUCCUUCAGGUAUUAACCCUUCGUCGAACAUCCACCAGAAAUGUAGCGGGAAAAUGAGGUUUAAAACUAUUCUGGUAGUCGACAUGCUCUUUUUCCCUCACAAGUAGCCCAUGACACUUGCUGUUGGAAAUAAAUUUAAAUUUGUUAAAUUGUUUGAGAAUA